AUGGAGAAUCCGGCCCCAACAAAAUUCACAUGGAAAAUUGAUAACUUUUCCAAAUUGACUGAAAAGAAAUUGUAUUCAGACAUUUUCAUUGGCCAAGGAUGUAAAUGGCGUUUGAAUAUUUUCCCGAAAGGAAACAAUGUGGAUCAUUUGUCAAUAUACUUAGACGUUGCUGACUCAGUAAGUUUGCCAAAUGGUUGGAGCAGAGAUGCAGAUUUUAUCCUGUCAGUAAUUAAUCAAUUCAAGAAAAAGUCCACAGUUACAAAAGAUACACAACAUGUAUUCAAUGCAAAAGAAAGCGACUGGGGUUUCACAUCUUUCAUUCCUCUUAGCGAAAUAAACAGUCCUGCUGCAGGGUUUCUAGUGAAUGAUACUCUUAGAGUUGAAGUCGAGAUUGAAGUCCGUAGUGUGGUGCAUUAUUCUGUGAUUGAACCUGCAAAGGAAGUGAAUCAAGAUGAACCAAAACUGCCUAAACGAGCAGUUGAAACACCACCAGAUCAAGUUCCUCUACCCCAGAAGAAAGUACAUAAAGCAGCCGUAGAACCACCAACUGAUAUGGUAACGCUUAAACCACUGAAUCAGACUGAUGGAGCAGUUCAAACUGGAGCUUCCAGUAACGAGCAAGAAAUUGUGAAGGAAUCACUUCCACCUCCUACUAUUGUCGAUGAAAAGGAUCCUCUUCAGGAUCCUCCCUUUGAGCAUGUAUUAUCGUCCCCAGAUGUGCAGGAGACUUCUAAGAAUCUUCUGAAUGAAAUUUCAAGUCGCACAAGGAUUCAAGAAUUGUUUCCUAGCAAUGAAAUGACAGUUUCAAUCGAAGCAACGAGGCCCGACUUUGUGAGACAACAAAAGGAAGCACUGCUCGGGUUCUUCAGUAUGUCAUUAGAGGCUAUACAACAAGCUAAUGCCUUUGACAACAUCGAGGGGAUUAUCCUUGCACUCAUUCAGCAAGCUGACAGUUUACAAGAGAAAACAGUUCUUGAAGAUCUAGCUUCAUAUUUGACCGAAUUUCGAGAGAGCAUUCCGAGUUCUACAAUCAAAGCAGAAACUGUGGAAGCUUGCAGAAUAUCUCUUGCAGGGAAAACUGUAGAUCUUAAUGGCAUAUUGGAUCAAAGACAAAAGGAUAUAACUACCUUGGAGGACACAUUUUCAAGGCUUUCAGAAGAACAAGCAAAACUCCAAGCUGAAAUUCAGUGCUUAGAAAUACAAAAAGAAUCUGCAAGAAUUGAAUUGCAGAAAGCCAACGAAGGAGCAUCGAGAGACCUUGAAGAAUGGAGAGACUUAGAAGGAGAAAUCAAGCAGUCUAAUCGGGAACGGCUCCAAGCCAUAGAGAAAUUGGCAUUAGCUAACGUUCGUUGGAAACACUUCAAAGAAGAUCUUGCAGAGACCAUGAAGAAUGUAGAGGCUUAG